ACAACUCUUUCGGUCAAUUAGUCGGGGCACUCCCGCCGCGUUUCCAGGUUCCCUCCGCCGGAGCUCGCCAGGUGCCUCCAAUAUCGAGGCAUCCGCUGACCCCGCGCCCGUGCGCCUCGCGGCCUUCUCCCCGGGGUCCCUGCGCGCCCCCGAAGAGCCUCGGGAGCCCACGGAGCACCUCAGUCCCUGCGGAGUCUCCCAGUGAAGACACAGCCGGCCGUGGACUGGACCCGGGAAGAGGCGAGGUCAAGGCGCCGCUGCAGAGCCUCAGCAGAGAGGUGUCCGCCUCCCCGCCGCGCCAGCUCGCGCAGGGACGCCAGCUUCGGGGCCCUGAAACACCCGCAGACAUUUUCCAUGGACCUGUGAUUGAGGUGGGUGCCUCUCCCCGCAGGCGGGGACCACAGCCCCCGGCCGGCGGCAUGUGGCUGCCCCGCGUCUCCAGCACGGCCGUGACCGUGCUCCUGCUGGCGCAGACCGCCAUCCUGCUCCUCCUGGUGUCCUGGUCCAGGCCGCCGUCCCCGGUGGGCGGCAAGGAGCGGGUGCACGUGCUGGUGCUGUCUUCGUGGCGCUCGGGCUCGUCUUUCGUGGGCCAGCUCUUCAGCCAGCACCCCGACGUCUUCUACCUGAUGGAGCCCGCGUGGCACGUGUGGACCACACUGUCGCAGGGCAGCGCGCCGGCGCUGCACAUGGCCGUGCGCGACCUGGUGCGCUCCGUCUUCCUGUGCGACAUGGACGUGUUCGACGCCUACCUGCCGUGGCGCCGCAACCUGUCGGACCUCUUCCAGUUCUCCGUGAGCCGCGCGCUGUGCUCGCCGCCGGCCUGCGCCGCCUUCCCGCGCGGCGCCAUCAGCAGCGACGCGGUGUGCAAGCCGCUGUGCGGGCGGCGGCCCUUCGGCCUGGCGCGGGACGCCUGCCGCUCCUACAGCCACGUGGUGCUCAAGGAGGUGCGCUUCUUCAACCUGCAGGUGCUCUACCCGCUGCUCAGCGACCCCGCGCUCAACCUGCGCAUCGUGCACCUGGUGCGAGACCCGCGGGCCGUGCUGCGCUCUCGCGAGCAGGCGGCCAAGGCGCUGGCGCGCGACAACGGCAUCGUGCUGGGCACCAACGGCACCUGGGUGGAGUCCGACCCCGGCCUGCGCGUGGUGCGCGAGGUGUGUCGCAGCCACGUGCGCAUCGCCGAGGCCGCCACCAGCAAGCCGCCGCCCUUCCUGCGCGGCCGCUACCGCCUGGUGCGCUUCGAGGAUCUGGCGCGGGCGCCGCUGCCCGAGAUCCGCGAGCUCUACGACUUCGCGGGCCUGAGCCUCACGCCGCAGCUCGAGGCCUGGAUUCACAACAUCACGCACGGGUCCGGGCCCGGCGCGCGGCGCGAGGCCUUCAAGACCUCGUCCAGGAACGCGCUCAACGUCUCCCAGGCCUGGCGCCACGCGCUGCCCUUCGCCAAGAUCCGCCGCGUGCAGGAGCUGUGUGCCGGCGCGCUGCAGCUGCUGGGCUACCGGGCCGUGUCCUCCGAGGCCGAGCAGCGGGACCUCGCCGUGGACCUGGUGCUGCCGCUCGGCGCUAGCAGCUUCAGCUGGGCGUCGUCCGCCGCAGCGCACCCGCGGCCUUAGCGCGCGCCGCCGGCUGUGGCAGCGGGGAGGGAGCCGGUCACACAGCGCCCGGGCUGCUAGCGGAGGGGCCGGGAGUUUGGGCGUCUCCCUCUGUAGUAGGAAUGGUCCCCAAAACUCCAUGUUUCUUGCUUCUUGCUUCUUGAUUUUCCUUUUGAGCCCUCCUUAGGAGCUGGGUUCCCAUCGGGCGCAGACUGCAUGGAAAGCACCAAGUGUGUCCUCACUUCCUCUGGGCGCAGGGAAGUUCAGACGACUCCGGCUGCUACUCAAGUGCUUUCUUCCUAACUCUCUUUUCCUUUUGGAUGCAUCAUCCAACAGCUGACAAGAGGGUCCCAGCCCUACCUAGGAGCCCUCACCUGUGGUGAGCUGGCCCCUCAAGUCUGUACCUCCCUCCCCCCCAAACCCCAGACUUCCGUUACCCCCGCGUCCCAUGUCUCUAUUGGAGCUGUUGGCAUUUAUAGUCACUUGUUUCUUUCAGAAAGAAAUCAGACAAGGUGCCUCUUAUCUUGUGGUCUCCCUCUAGCCUCUCUUUGCCCCAUCUCCCAGGAAGCCCACAUACUCCCAGCACCUGCCCAGGUAAAGUGAACCUCUGAUGUGUCCUGACAGUAAAAGUCCCACCCCCAGAAAUAAAAAUUAAUUAAGCUGUGUGAUACCGGAGUUUACAGUCUGUGAAGUUUGACAGGCAAAACGCAAAAUCGAAGGGACUUGUCCACGGUUACACCCUGAGGA